AUGAAAGGAAAAUUGAAUCAGGUGUUCACUUCUUUUGCGUGUGGCUACGGUUCACUUUUGAUGGGCUUCACCAACGUCUGGCCUUCGUACACGACGGAGCUCUUCAAGUCCGAGCUGACCCCGCUGUCGGCGCCAUUCAGUGAAACUCACGCGUCUCUCCUGGGCAGUCUACCGUCGUUGGGAGCGAUGCUCGGAACAGCCAUAACCGGAACGCUGAUCAACAGUCUGGGCAGAAAAAAUGGUGGAAUCGUUUUAACUCUGUUCAAUGUUUUAUCAUGGACCAUAGUGGAGCUAAGUUCCUCACCGAUACUGAUCCUGGUUGCGAGGUUCCUAGCCGGAAUCUCCGGUGGGGGUUUGCUGGUGAUGGCCCCAAUAUUUAUAUCGGAGAUCGCGGACGAUUCCAUCAGAGGGGCUUUGGCUUCAAGUCCUUUAUUUCUCUACUGCGUGGGAGUCUUACUAUCCUACAUCAUAGGCUGGUUCUCUACCUACCAUGUUAUAAUAUGGAUAAGCUUAGCUUUGAGCGUGACCGGAGUUUUUCUCUUUUUGUUGAGUACAGAGAGUCCUAUUUACUACAUGAGAAAACAAAGGGAAGAGGACGCCCGCGCAUCUAUCGCACGCUACAAAGGUCUGUCGCCAGCUUCCAUGGGAGUAAUUGAUGAGCUGAUAAGGAUAAAGCAACAAGUUGUGCCAGCUAUUGAACUCGUUUCUGUUACCGCAGAGCCCGACAGCAAAGCAGAAGAGGCUGAAAAGGAGAAACUUAACAAUGAUGAUGACGUACAUGAACCAACCCAAAACGUAUCUACUAUCAAACAGUUGUUUACGACGCCAUCGUCACUGCGGGGCUUUUUCACCGUUUUAACUGUGAUCUCGAUGCAGGUUUUCAUGGGCAUAGUUCCAGUACAAGUAUAUGCUAAGGAGGUCUUCAGACAGACAGACCCUGCCAAAUCUGAUUUAUACACAGUGCUGUUCGCUCUGACGCUUUGCAGCGGAACACUUGUCACUGCUACUGUUGCUGACAAAGCUGGUAGAAGGGUGUUAAUAAUAGCGUCUUCAGCGCUUGUGUCCCUCUGCAUGGCCUCGCUGGGAUAUCUUCUGCAGAGUAAAAGUGCACCAUCUUGGGUCACCAUUCUGGUAAUAUUAAUUUACUGCUUCGCCUUCAUGUUCGGAGCUGGUAGCGUGCCUUAUGUCCUGCUGGCAGAGGUGUUUGUGCCCGAGGUUCAAAACUUUGCAUCAAUGCUGAUAAUUGAAUGGGUCUGGUUCCUCAAUUUUUUCAUCUUGAUCAUAUUCAGCUACAUGACCACAUUAGUUGGGAUCCACGGCGUGUUCUACUGCUUCGCGGCAGUGGCUCUGUGUAAUAUGGCCGUUAGUUACAUCAUAGUGCCGGAAACGAAGGGGUUAUCGAACUCCCAAAUACAGGAUGUUUUUCUUAAGAGAAAGAAUUAA